CCUCGCUCUUGAGUUAAUUAUCAACCAAGCUCUGGUCAAGUCAUGGCCGACGCAGGAUUUUUCAAAGGCACUUCUGCAGACCAGGACCGCCGCUUCUCUGACAAAGAGUUGAAGUUGUUAAAGUCUAUGAAAUUUCCAUCAGAGUUUGAUAAAAAGGUGGACCUCAAAAAAGUAAAUCUCAACGUCAUACGCCCAUGGAUCGCCAAAAAAGUCACAGAACUCGUUGGCUUCGAAGAUGAAGUGGUCGUCGAAUAUGCCAUGGGUCUCCUCGACGACCCGAAUCAUACCACUCCAGACCCAAAGAAAAUGCAGAUAAACCUGACAGGUUUCCUCACGGCAUCGACACCCUCAUUCAUGACUGCUCUCUGGUCUUUACUGCUGGAGGCUCAGGAGCAUCCCGCAGGCGUGCCACAGACGUUUGUGGAGGAGAAAAAAGAGGAAAUGCGCAAAGCCCGCGAGGGUGACGUGCGUGCCAUAGGUGAGAGAGACAGGAGGGUCCGUCUCGACGAGAUAAGAGACCAGGAAAGAGGUGAACGUACAGGCCGCGGGCGCGGAAGGGGUAGAGGCAGAGGCAGAGGCGGAUUUGAAGGUGGUGGCCGAGGCAGAGAUAACGGUUGGGGUGGACGUGGUGGCGGCGAUAUCUCGUAGUCCACCGCCCCAUCGCAGGCGCUCCCCAUCUCCGAACUCUCCAUUUGACGCAAGGAGUUCCCGAUCCCCGCCUCCUUCCCUCAGACGUUCGCGCUCUCCGAGGCGUUCCAGAUCUCGCAGUCCUGUGUACCGCCGAAGCUCCCCUCCGCCCCGUAGAUCCCGGACGCGCUCACCUCCUCCUCGUCGCCGACGCUCCUUGACUCCUUCUCCUCGCCGCAGACGUUCGCCAUCGGUUGAAUCUCGAUCUUUGUCGCCUCCGCCACCAAGGAGACGGAGA